AUGAGAGGUUUACUUCUGGUUCUGAUGCUCUUCAUAUUCGCCAUUCUGACGGUCCGGGCUCUAAACUGCCAGCCGUGUAAGUUACUGGAAGCCCGGAAGGCACAUGCAAAUGAAACGAAUACCCAGCAGAUGUGAGAAAAAGUGGGGAGUGUUGGGUGUUUCGGAGGUCGGGAGAGGAGUGCGAAGUAAUCAGCAGCUUGUUUGACUAAUUAGCAAAACUUACGCACACACAAAAGCAUCAAAAACUUUUAUUCACACUCUCGACACAAACGACUCAGAUUCGAAACUCAGUCUUAAUUGAAUGCUCGCAGCGAGACGACGACGUGUUCCGCACAGAAAACCCCAUUCAUUCCACAUAUCCACGUAUAACGUAUAGAAAACAUGAAGUAUCUGACUUUGCU